CGACGCUGUAAUACUAUGCUGACGUGUCGCAGCUCCUGCACCGGAAGACGUCCGUUCAACUCGUCUACGCGCUCAACCAGCCUCUCCGUUCACUCCCGUUCCUUCUGCCCCUGGACCCGGAAAAGUAACGGUUUUGACUUCAACAGUCGCUCCAGUCCCCCGGCUUAUUCACCUGCUCACCCCCUCAACGGCGUAUCUCAACCCGCGGACAUGGCUUCGGUUUCGGCACAAGCUCAGGCGACGAGCCCGGCUCAGUCGGUUCCUCUGCAGCGAGGAAUAGUGAAGAUGGUCUUGUCGGGCUGCGCCAUCAUCGUGCGGGGUCAGCCCCGCGGAGGCCCGCCCCCCGAGCGGCAGAUCAACCUCAGCAACAUCCGCGCCGGCGCCAUGGCCCGGCGCGCGGCCCAGAGCCAGCCCGACGCCAAGGACACCCCUGACGAGCCAUGGGCGUUCCAGGCCAGAGAGUUCCUGCGCAAAAAGCUGAUCGGCAAAGAGGUGUGCUUCAACGUGGAGAUCAAGACCGCUCUGGGCAGAGAGUACGGCAUGGUGUACCUUGGCCGGGACACAACGGGAGAGAACCUGGCAGAGUCCCUCGUGAACGAAGGCCUGGCCACAGUCCGCAGGGAAGGAAUCCGCGGAAACAAUCCAGACCAGGUCAGGCUGUGCGAGAUGGAGGACCAGUCCAAAGCAUCCAGGAAGGGCAUGUGGAGCGAGGGCGGGGGCGCCCACACCAUCCGAGACAUGAAGUACGUCAUCGAGAACCCACGGCACUUUGUGGACGCCAUGCACCAGAAACCUGUCAACGCCAUCAUCGAGCACGUGCGCGAUGGGAGUGUGGUGCGCGCCCUUCUCCUGCCCGACCACUACCUGAUCACCAUCAUGCUGUCCGGAGUUAAGUGUCCCUCGUUCAAGCGGGAGCCGGACGGCCUGGAGACCCCAGAGGCGUACGCGGCCGAGGCCAAGUUCUUCACAGAGUCGCGCCUGCUGCAGCGAGACGUGCAGAUCAUCAUGGAGAGCUGCCCCAACCAGAUCAUCCUGGGCACCAUCAUGCACCCGAACGGCAACAUCACAGAGCUGCUGUUGAAGGAGGGGUUCGCGCGCUGCGUGGACUGGUCCAUGGCCGUCUACACCGGGGGCGCAGACAAGCUCCGAGCAGCCGAGAAGUCUGCCAAGGAACGUCGGGUGCGCAUCUGGAAGGACUACGUGGCGCCCACCGCCAACAUAGACCUUAAGGACAGGCAGUUCGUCGCCAAGGUGAUGCAGGUGAUCAAUGCCGACGCCAUCGUGGUGAAGAUGAACUCUGGGGAGAACAAGACCGUCCACCUCAGCAUUCGUCCCCCCAGGAUCGAGGGAGAGGAGAAGAACAAAGACAAAGACAAGCGUUUCCGUCCCCUCUACGACAUCCCCUACAUGUUUGAGGCCCGCGAGUUCAUGAGGAAGAAGCUCAUCGGCAAGAAGGUCAACGUGACAGUGGACUACAUCAGAGCCGCCACCGGGGCCGGAGAGACCACCCCCGCCUUCUCGGAGCGCACCUGUGCCACCGUCUCCAUCGGGGGAAUAAACAUCGCAGAGGCCCUGGUCAGCAAAGGCCUGGCCACCAUCAUCAGAUACCGGCAGGACGACGACCAGAGGUCCUCGCACUACGACGAGCUACUGGCCGCAGAGGCACGGGCUAUCAAGAACGGGAAAGGACUGCACAGCAAGAAGGAGGUUCCUAUCCACAGAGUGGCUGAUAUAUCUGGGGAGACGCAGAAGGCCAAACAGUUCCUCCCCUUCCUGCAGAGGGCGGGCCGCUCGGAGGCCGUGGUCGAGUACGUCUUCAGCGGCUCUCGCCUCAAGCUCUACAUGCCCAAGGAGACCUGCCUCAUCACCUUCCUCCUCGCCGGCAUCGACUGUCCACGCGGCUCCAGGAACACACCCGGGGGCGUUCAGACCGCCGACCCCUUCAGCAACGAUGCCUUGGUGUUCACCAGAGAUCUGGUGCUCCAGAGAGAGGUGGAGGUUGAAGUGGAGAGCAUGGACAAAGCGGGCAACUUCAUUGGCUGGCUGCACAUCGAGGGCGUGAACCUGUCCGUGGCGCUGGUGGAGUCGGCGCUGUCCAAGGUCCACUUCACGGCCGAGCGCAGCUCCUACUACAAGACCCUGGUGACGGCCGAGGAGCCCUGCCGCGAGAGGAAGGAGAAGGUAGGUCCCGCCGGACGCCGGAGCUCAGCUCAGCUCUUCACUGUCUUUGGCUUCGUGUUUGUUUAGACCAAUCACGUCGUUGU